UCACUUCCGGUUCCGGCGGGCGGGAUGGCGGCGCGGCUGUCAGCGCUGCCGGUACCGCUGUUGGUGCUGGCGCUCGGCGCCGCGGUGCGCGGCAGCCCCGGCCCCGUCACCUGCGGCUCCGUGGUGAAGCUGCUCAACGUGAGGCACAACGUGCGGCUGCACUCGCACGAUGUGCGCUACGGCUCCGGCAGCGGGCAGCAGUCGGUGACUGGCGUGGCGGCGGCAGAUGACGGGAACAGCUACUGGCAGGUCCGGGGCCACACGGCAGCCACCUGUGAGCGGGGCACGCCGGUGCGGUGCGGCCAGGCCAUCCGCCUCACCCACCUGGGCACUGGCCGCAACCUCCACAGCCACCACUUUGCCUCCCCGCUCUCUGGAAACCAGGAGGUGAGUGCCUUUGGGGAGGGGGGCGAUGGUGACUAUCUGGACGACUGGACGGUGUUGUGCAGCGGGACCUACUGGACGCGGGACAGCGAGGUGCGCUUCCAGCACACUUCCACAGACGUCUUCCUCUCAGUGACGGGGGAGCAGUAUGGGCGACCCAUCCAUGGACAGAAGGAGGUGCAUGGCAUGGCCACCUCCAGCCAGAAUAACUACUGGAAAGUGAUGGAGGGCAUCUUCAUGCAGCCCAGCGAGGUCUUCAAAGCGGAACAGUACCAUGCUGAGUUGUGAUGGACACACGGACUGACACUGAGCCUCUGGGCACUACCUGGUGGUGUUUGGGACUGCUCAGCUCUGGAGACAGCCCCCACCCAGGGGGCCACACCAAGAUGCAGAGCCCCAAAUCAAGCACGAAGUAGAUCCCAGCAUCCUGAAUUUGAUGUGGAAUGGAUCCUGGUGUUCUAAAUCCAUUUCCAGACCUGACCCAGAGCGGAGCCCAACAUCUGAGAUCAAAUAUGAAGCAGGUCCCCAUGUCCCAAAUCCAGCCCAAUACCCAGACCAGACUCCUGAACACCCAACGCCUCCCUUGCAGCUCCCUGAUCCAUCCGCCUGGUCCCCUCCAGCCAAGAACCCCCAGGACCACUGUCCCCUGCUGUGUCCCCCAGUCGCCCCCCGGUGGGGCCCUGUACCCAUAAAAGCUCUGAA